UAAAAUACCUCCUCACUCUGAGAUCGGAAUUAUUAGUUAAUCAUGUCAUCCAUCAUUUUGUCCUAAUGGACGAUAAAUUUUCGUCAGGUGGGUAGGAUGGCCGGUCAGUUCGCGAAGCCACGGUCGGACGACUUCGAGGAGAAGGACGGAGUGAAACUGCCUGUUUAUAAGGGAGACAAUAUCAACGGAGAUGCAUUUGACCUGAAGUCAAGAACUCCAGAUCCGCACCGGCUGAUUAGGGCUUACAGCCAGUUGGCUUCGACGCUGAACCUUCUCAGGGCCUUCGCCACCGGUGGCUAUGCCGCCAUGCAGAGGGUCACCCAGUGGAACCUCGACUUUGCUCAGAACAGCGAGCAAGGAGAUAGGUACGAGGAAUUGGCUAACAGGGUGGACUAGGCCCUAGGAUUCAUGGCUGCUGCUGGGCUCACGCUUGAGCAUCCACUCAUGACCACGACAGAGUUAUGGACCUCCCACGAGUGCCUCCACUUGCCCUACGAGCAAGCACUGACCCGGCUUGACUCGACCUCUGGCCUCUACUACAGCUGCUCGGCCCACCUGCUUUGGGUUGGGGAACGGACCCGCCAGCUCGAUGGUGCCCAUGUCGAGUUCAUGAGGGGAAUUGCCAAUCCUAUAGGCAUCAAGGCGAGUCACAAGAUGGACCCGAAUGAGCUAGUGAACCUCAUAGGGAUCCUGAAUCCGCACAAUAAGCCGGGAAGGAUCACAAUCAUAGUGAGAAUGGGCGCCGAGAACUUGAGGGUGAAGCUCCCAAACUUGAUCCGGGCCGUACGUAGGGCAGGCCACAUUGUGACUUGGGUCACUGAUCCUGUCCAUGGAAACACCAUCAAGGCACCUUGUGGGCUCAAAACCCGAUCCUUCGAUGCUAUCCUGGCUGAGGUGAGAGCGUUCUUCGAUGUCCACAAGCAAGAGGGAAGUCGCCCAGGAGGAAUACAUCUUGAGAUGUCUGGCCAGAACGUAACCGACUGCAUCGGCGGAUCACAGACUGUCACAUUCAAUGACCUAAGCUCACGUUACCACACCCACUGUGACCCCAGGCUCAAUGCCUCACAAUCCCUCGAGUUGUCCUUCAUCAUCGCCGAGCGACUCAGGAAGAGGAGGCUUGCAACUCAACGUCAGUUUUCCUUAAGCUAUUAAACUGAUCAUGGCACGUCCACCUCAGCCUAGGACUCAGUAAUUCGGCAUCAGGUCUAAAUGUAAGCGAUAUUUUUUUUCGGUGGUCAUGUAAGCAAUAUUUUGUCUAGGAAAUUUGUUUCCCUCGAACCAAAUGGUGAUCUUCCCCUGUCUAAAUGGUCGAAAAUUUCCGUGUACCCUAUGGCCUCCCUUACGACCGAAAAAAGUAAUCGAAAAUUUCCUUUAUUUUAUUGAUAGAGAUGAGGUAAACCUUGUUUUGUAGGU